GGGAGAUCCGGGGGCGCCGGCGCGGCGCAUGCGCGUUGCAUUGUUUUGACUAAAAAUGCCGUCGGUUUCGAAAGCGGCGGCGGCGGCGCUGAGCGGGUCCCCCCCGCAGACCGAGAAGCCAACCCAUUACAGGUAUCUAAAGGAGUUUAGGACAGAGCAAUGCUCCCUGUUUUUGCAGCAUAAGUGCAGCCAGCACAGGCCGUUCACCUGUUUCCAUUGGCAUUUCCUAAAUCAGCGUCGGCGCAGACCGCUCCGACGUCGGGAUGGCACCUUCAACUACAGCCCGGACGUGUACUGCUCCAAGUACGAUGAGGCCACCGGCCUGUGUCCCGACGGCGAUGAAUGCCCCUACCUGCAUCGAACAACUGGGGACACAGAGCGCAAGUACCACCUGCGCUACUACAAGACAGGCACAUGUAUCCAUGAAACAGAUGCACGGGGCCACUGUGUGAAGAAUGGCCUGCACUGUGCCUUCGCACAUGGGCCCCUGGACCUGCGGCCACCUGUGUGUGAUAUCAGGGAGCUUCAGGCUCAGGAAGCCCUGCAGAAUGGUCAGCUCAGCAGUGGGGAUGGUGUACCUGAUCUGCAGCCUGGGGUCUUGGCCAGCCAAGCCAUGAUAGAGAAGAUCCUGGGUGAGGAUCCUCGGUGGCAAGACAGUAACUUCGUGUUGGGCAGCUAUAAGACAGAGCAGUGCCCAAAGCCACCACGCCUAUGUCGCCAGGGCUAUGCCUGUCCACACUACCACAACAGCAGAGAUCGCCGUCGGAACCCCAGGAGGUUCCAUUACAGGUCUACGCCCUGCCCUAGUGUGAAGCAUGGUGACGAGUGGGGUGAACCUUCACGGUGUGACAGUGGGGACAGCUGUCAGUACUGCCAUUCCCGCACAGAGCAGCAGUUCCAUCCUGAGAUCUACAAAUCCACAAAAUGCAACGACAUGCGCCAAACUGGCUACUGCCCUCGGGGCCCUUUCUGUGCCUUUGCACACGUUGAGAAGAGCCUGGGAAUGGUGAAUGACUGGAGCUGCCGUGAUCCCAAUUCCAACAGCACCUCAGCUUACAGCAACCAGCCUGGAAGUGCCAAACGGAAAGACUCCCCCUCUGAAGGAAUCCAGAAAGCUAGUGAGGACAGCAAACAGAACCACCUCGCUGUGUUCUCAGUGGUUCACCCACUGGCCCCCAGCAUAAGCUCCAGUGUGGCAUCUAGCCUGGCAUCAAGCACUGGCUCAGGUAGCUCCUCCCCCACCGCUCUGCCUACCCUCCCUGCCCGUGCUGUCCCACUGGACCCAGCUGGCAACACUGUGGAGGCAGUCCUAGGUUCUGCAUUAGAUCUUCACCUUAGUGACAUAAAUAUCGCAUCCUUAGAUAAAGACUUGGAAGAGCAGGACCUUGGAUUGACAGGUCCCAAGUCGCUGGCAGGCUCAGCACCCGUCACCAUUCCAGGCUCUCUGCCCCGCUCGCCAUCCUUGCAUUCGUCCUCAUCCCUGUCCACCUCCCCACUCAGCUCGCUCUCCCAGUCCCUGUCGGGGCCACUCGUCUCCUCGGCUAUGACGCCCCCCCAGCAGCCACCACCCCUCCGGUCGGAGCCGGCUACACUGGGCUCUGCAGCCUCAUCUUACAGCUCUUUAGGUUUGAAUGGCGUCCCUGGGAGCAUCUGGGACUUUGUUUCUGGCAGCUUCUCUCCUAGCCCAUCCCCUAUUUUAAACUCUGGCCCUUCGGCUUCCUCAAAUGCAAGUCCAAACAAUGCUGAGCUGGCAAGGGUCAGGCGACAGCUAGAUGAAGCCAAAAGAAAGAUCAGGCAGUGGGAAGAGUCUUGGCAGCAAGUAAAGCAGGCUUGUGAUGCCUGGCAGAGAGAGGCUCAGGAGGCCAAGGAGAGAGCCCGUGUAGCAGACAGUGACCGUCAGCUGGCCCUGCAGAGGAAGGAGGAGGUCGAGGUCCAGGUGAAGCAGCUGCAGGAAGAACUAGAGGGCCUGGGUUUGUCCUCACUGCCAGGGCUGAGGAGCUUGGGUGACAUCAGCGACAUCCCUCUCCCCAAGCUUCAUUCCCUGCAGAGCCAGCUGCGCUUGGACCUGGAGGCUGUGGAUGGGGUGAUCUUCCAGCUUCGUGCCAAACAGUGUGUGGCCUGCCAGGAGAGGGCCCAUGGCACUGUCCUCCGGCCCUGCCAGCACCGUGUCUUAUGUGAGCUGUGUGCAGCCAGUACCCCUGAGUGUCCCUAUUGCAAGGGCCAGCCACUUCCAUGGUGACCAGAACCAGGCCCAUUCCUUCCCUGGUGAGCAGUGCAAAGGCCUGAGCAUGCCAUGUGCCACUUCGGUGUCGAAACUUGCCUCCAGUACCACCUAUGCCAGGAUGUGAGUUCAUGCCCACUGCCCAACAGCCUUUCCUACUACCACAUCCUACCAACGGUGUCAAGGUAAUCUCAGAAAACCUUUGAAGUACCACCAAACCCACUGCCUGUCCCCUGGGCAGGUGGCAUGUUUUUGGUGCCCCCAGUCCUGAUGCUGUUGUGGCCAGGCCAGUGGGAGGUCAGACCUUGUCAAAGCACUUUGUAAACCGAGGAAUUUAAUUAGACAUUAUCAAUUGUAUAAGCUGCUUUCUAGGUCCAUGUUUUUAAUAUGCUAUAACAUGAAGCUUUAUAAGUGUACUGUGAACUUGAAGUUUCCUAUCAGUUUGUUGUUAACUCAUAGUAAUGGUAACUACAUUAGAUUUCAUAUUCUGAAACUAUUUAGGAAAUGAGCAUUUAUCUAGUAGUGAAGAAGACCUAGGAUUUUUACAUUUUAAAAUUAAGUGCAAACAAAUAGUAUUUAUAAGCAGAGAAUGGUUAUUGAAAGACACAUAUACAUUUAGACGUUCUUGAUUUUAUGAAAGGAACUAAUUUUCCUAAACAUGUGCAGGUGCACAUGUAGAUGGAGUUUUAUAUUCCAGUAUCACAGAGUGAUAUCUAGAGCUCUGUCAUGCACUUAUGUGAUCCGUGGCCACUUCCAAGUGCCUGUGCCUUGCAAAAGAAGUGAAGGAAUUGGUUCAUUUGGUUUUUUUCUUCUCCCUUGAAAGACAAUUUCAUGCUAAUGAAAAAUGCAGCAAAGGAAUCACAUAUUCAGAGGAGUCCAAGAUCUACUCGGGAAGGAGCUGUGUUCUGAUGUCUUCUUGUCUGUAAUGGCAACGGUGCUUUGUGCCCUCAAACUCGGCACCCUAGCUUGUGCUGAACAAAGGGGCUGUGAACCUGAGACUUCAGUCUGCUGCACCUGUGUCCACCCUCACUCACCUCUAGCUGAUCCAGAGAUCCCAGUGUGACAGUCUCAGCAGACACCUGGUACCUGAGCUGUGCAUCCAAUUCACGAACAGAAUCCAACCCAUGACCAGCAACCCCAGCUCUGCUGCAGCUCAUCUGUCAAGGUAGAGGCGAUGACUUCAGCCUCUACAGUAAGGACUGGGACUGUCCUGGAAUUCUAGGGAGGAGACAUCUGUCCAGGCAACCCCUGCCUUUGGUGUCAGACCUAGGCAGGCAGGUAUCACACCUGCAGGUUCUGCCCAGGCCUAGAAGUGGUUCUCCUCUCCCAUGGCUUUGCCAAAGACUUUUAAUAGCAUUUUUUAAGUGCAAAGUGACUAGGUAAAACGUUUUUAUCAGUGACCAAAUUAGAAUGUAUUUAAUAUAGUAGGAGAUUUAAAAGCAUUUUUUUAAUAUAAGACAAACUGGUAGAAAAGCUCUAUCGUUUUAAAGGAAGUGGAUCCUCAACAUUCCGCAGCUAGCCCACUACUUAAUAAGGUAACUAUUGACCUGGUUUUAGUGACUAUUUUGUUUUUAAUUAUAGUGAUAAUGAUUUAUUAGCUCAGUACCUAGAUCAUGUGUAUUUUGUGCUACUGUUACCAUGGUUUAAGAUUGUUUAUUUUUAUUCAUAUUUAUGCACUUGUUUCCCAUAUUGGCCUUUGGUCUCUGUGGUAACAGGACAAUGUUUGUGAUUGAUAUCUCAUCUGGACAUUUUCAAGUUGUAACAGUUAAGCAUUAAGCUGUAGACUGUGUAUAAGCUACUCUGGUUAAUUCCUCCAGGCCUAAUAUCCCUGGCUGGGGCUGGGGCUGGAGCAGUUAUGGGACUGCUGUGUGAUGGCUGAGGAGGCAGGAGGCAGUUCCCACUGGGCCGUCCCGUGAGUGGAGCUUCCGUACGCAUCUGCUCUUCUGGAAUCAGGCUGGGCUAUGAGGACAGGUGUGCAGUAGGAAGACAAAGAAGGGGCCACUUCUCCCAUCCAUCCCAGACCUCCUGGGGCUAAGGCUCCUAGGAUCUGUGCUGGGUGGGAACGGCCAAGGAGAAGAAAGAUGGUUUUUAAGACCCAUUUGUGGGUAAUGGAGGUGGGGCCAUGGGUCUAGGAACUGAGGUUCACCGUUGUCCUGUUGCCUAUUGUCUUUUAACUCUGCAGUGUUAAAUAUUAAUAGUAAAUGAUGGUGUCAGAGUUUUGUGUACUUGUUUGGCAGACCUUCCCCAGUAUGGAUGCGCAUGUGGAUUAACUUAUGGAAGCCUUUGUGUGCAUUUGUUUUCAGAAAUUAGUUGAGAAUGUUAUGUGAAUGGAAUCUUCUUAACCCAGAAGGUCGUAUUUAUAAUACAUACCCAUUUACUUAGUGAAUUGUUUAAAGUUGUUAACAUUUGUUUAAAUUUUUUUACUAUAGCAUUUAUGCAAUGGUUUACAGAAUUCAUGGAGUUAUUUUUUAUCAGUAUGAGAUUAAUUAAAACUUUGAAAUUUA